CUCUCUCUGAUUUCAUCUUAGAAGGAAAGGUCAGAGCAUUUCUUUAGGGGAAACAAGGAGAGAGAAAGCUAGAGAGGGAAAACUUCAGCAACUCGCUCAAGACCACCGAUCAUCCCUUUCGAUGGUGCUUCGAAUUCUUCGUGGCUGAGAUUGUGGAAGAUGAUUUUCAGAUCGUCACAUUCAUCAGGAGUGGUGAUUUCGGCGUUUUGAUUUUGACCUGAGAAAGGAAAAAAAAAAAAGGGAGAGAACUGGCUUAAUUUAUAUAUGCCGAUGAAAGGAAAACUGCUGCGGAAGUCUGAAGAUACUUUGAAUGCUUACAAAGCUGCUCAGUUGUUCUACCCAAAGUGCACCUCGACUGAUCUCUUCUUGGAUAAAACCUCCUGCAAGGCUCACCAAAAUAAAUGCUGAUGCACACAUCACGGCUCAAUAUGUGGGUCUUGGUGCGGUUGCUCGAGAUGAACAUGGGGAGCUGCUGUGGGCUGCUGUUCGAAGGGUGCCUGCGGGAUUAGAGGUGGAGGCAGCAGAAGCUGAAGCGGUGCGUUUUGGAAUGCAAAUUGCACAUAGGUUGGGCAUCUUGAACAUCUGGAUUGAGACUCUGCUAAGAACAAACUUGUUCUUCAUCAUAUUAUUCUGGGUUUUAGCUUUUUCUGGAAAAUUUCUCACCGGAAAGAAAUGGAGGGUGAAAAAUAAUUUCGAGAUUAUGGGGUGUUUUGAUUCAAUUUGUCUGCUAGAGGUUUUCAUUACUUGGGGACUAUCGAUUUUGCUGCUAUAUGGUCAAGAUGCAAGUGAAUCAGUUUCAGGGGAUAAAACGAAGGAUGUGGCUCCAAACCAUGCUGCUUCUUCAGGGAAAGGUCCUAUCCUUGAUGUGGUUGUUAGAAAAUUAGCGCUGACUAGCGGAGAGUCAAGAACCCUCGCACUACCAUCUUGAAAUUGUUGCUCUUCGGUAAAUUGUCAUGUAAUAAAAGACGACUCCAAUAAUUGUUUAUUAAAAGAUUUAAUGAUUUCAAAAUUGAGCUAAUUGUUUUAAAUUAUCUUCAAUGAUUACACCUUUAUAACACUCUUGAUCCAAAAUGGACAGCCAUGUAUUGCUUUAUUAUACGAGAGUGCUCAACUAUCCAUUUAUUUUCUUUUGUAGUAAUUGUGAACUUGAAAUCCUGUAUUAUACUACCUGUAUUAUACUAUUAUCAGACUUUAUGCUUUUGAUUAGGGAUCAAUAAAUGUCUGUUAAUAGAUAAAGCAGUAAGGUAUGCUUGCAAAAACAAGAAAACUGUCUAAAGUUAUAUGAUGCCACUACAAGUGUGAUAUCAAGAAUUCCUUAUUUUCAUCUGAAAUAUUUGGUUUUGAUUAAUUGGAGUUCUGACUCUUUCAGGUUAAUUCUAAGGUAGCAACUGCAGGUAUGCAGCUCAUUGCAUGAAGCAUAUAGCGAUGACAAUUAUGACUUCAAAUGCAACAAAUCGCUUUUCUUUAUCUUCUUGUUCAGGCAAAACAAAAUGUGAGCUUCACAAGUGUUUACAAAUAUAUAGUACGGAGUAAUAAUAUUGAGCUUUGUAGCUUUUUGGCUUGUUAUUUUACACAUUUUUAGAUCCAUUUUUUUAUAUCGAGAAUUUUCUUAGUAGGCCCGAAAUUCUAUACUUUGUAAAUUAUCUUCUAAUUAUGUGCUUGAUAUAGCUUGAUUUAAUUCUUGUCAAACUGGGCAUUUAAUAUGUUCUUGGAUACAUGUAUAAUCUAAGAAUAUGAUCAAUUUGUUUUGUUCUGGAUAAUUUGGAGUGGAAGUUGUUGCAUUUCAAAUUGUUA